AUCAUCGUGUCUGUCUGCUCCGUCCAAUGAGAAGCCCCGGGAGGCGGAGAGAGGAGAGAAGUUGCAGGAGAGUGAGGAGCGGCUCCAGGAGACAGAGAUUGAUCCUACAUUUAGUGGACUGAAUGAGUCGGAGGAGUUGAGAUCUUUUUAUCGCGCGUUGAUAUUCUAACGACAAUAUCUCACUUGACUUGAUCAGGUUUGUCUUUUUUUUUUGUCGCCGUUUGUGGUUUGCGGUUUGCGGUCUCGAAUAUUUUAUUAUGGAUUCACAGGUUGGUUCACGGUUUUGACAGUAGAUUUAUCGACAAACAUGUUGGAAGGUUUUUCUUGUUUAUUAUUUUUUUCUUUGGUCCUUCGCACGAUCGAAAUGGGUGCCGUCCAUAAACCGCUGACUCCAACGUGUAUAUAGGUACGUUUUUAUAUUCAUACAAAUCUUACAAACAGAAGACGACAAAACCGUGGAAGCAGCGAAACGUCUAAAGAGAAAAUUAUUUUUGCAACGGUGGGAACUGACUGGUGGCUGUACUAGCUCUAUGAUGACAGCAAGCGAGGCUACAGCUGGAAUGGCCGUGACAACAUGAAAAAGAAAAAGUGUCCAAGUCUAUUUUCAUCCAGCCAGUGAUCCAAGCCCAAGGAAUAGGGAGCGGAGCCAACAGGUGCGAGCGGCCUGCCAUACCUGUGCCGCCAUGGAGCCGCCGCUGAGCCUGGCACUGCUGGGGGGCAGCGAGGACGAGGACCCCCGCUUCCCCCUGCCCCUGGGCAGCAGAUCCCACCCCUCCAUGACGGGCGCCUUCCCCGGGGCCAACCACUCAAACCACAUGGGCGGGACCAGCCUGGACCGCCUCAACGGCAGCACGCCGUCCCCCUCGGCCUCCGGCGCCGCCCCCAGCCUGCCUGGCGCCCCACUGCCCAAGCUGCCGCUCUCCUCCUCCGGGGCCCAGCCUCUCCCGCCGCCCCCCAUCCCCAACGCCCUGCAUCCCACCAGCACCCCGCUGUCCUCCUGCCUGGGCUCCCAGCACAGCCUCAGCGGGGAGAACUCCCCGGUGUACAACGCCCUCUUCUACUCCUCCCACUCGCCCUCCAUGGAGCGGGAGCGGGACCGGGGCUGUAAACACCGGCAGGCCAGCCCUCUGGUGCACCGCAGGGACAGCAACCCCUUCACCGAGAUCGCCAUGAGCUCCUGUAAGUAUACGGGCGGGGUCAUGAAGCCACUUAGCCGGCUGAGCGCCUCCCGCCGGAACCUGAUCGAGUCUGACAGCAGCAGCGAGACCAAGGAGGGUGGGGUCUCCUCUGUGGCCGGGGGGGCGGCGGCCGGCGCCGGUGGCGUUGGCGUUGGGCGGGAGCGGGACGCCCCGACGGCCUCCCUCCUGUCCCAGUCCUCCACCAACCUGCCCCCCAUCCAGAGCCCACCCGAGAUCGUCAUCUCGUCUAAGGAGGACUCUCCGUACGCAAGGCGCUACGACAUCAGCGACUCCACGUCCAACCAGAUGUCCAUCUACCACCAGAACCACGCGCUGGUCGAGAGCCGGCGGACGCUGGGCGGCUCGGGGGCCGUGGGCUCCAUGAGCGGGGUCAGCAGGCAGGGAGGCGUGGGGGGCGUGGGCACUGGGCCCCGGGGCAGCAUGUCCAAAGCCUCCAAGCGGAAGAACCAAAACAUUGGCUACAAACUGGGCCAUCGCAGGGCGCUGUUCGAGAAGAGGAAACGGCUGAGCGACUACGCGCUCAUCUUUGGAAUGUUUGGCAUCGUCGUCAUGGUGAUCGAGACUGAGCUGUCCUGGGGCGUGUACAACAAGAGUUCCAUGUAUUCUCUGGCCCUGAAGUGUCUGAUCAGCCUGUCCACGGUCAUACUGCUGGGCCUCAUCAUAGCCUACCAUGCCCGGGAAGUGCAGUCUCUUAUAGUCGGGCGUCCUCAGAUGAGCUAUCGCUGGGCUCUCCGGAGCUGCUGUGUAUUGGAUAAGUAUAGAGAUCCUGACGCUAUCUGCACUCAUAUACCGUGUGGUGUGUGUGUGUGUGUGUGUGCAUUUAUUGGUGUGUGUCAUUGUGUCUGUUUAUGUGUUUAUACUUGUGCGUGUGUGUGUGUGUGUUUAUGCUUGUGUGUUUGUUUUUAUGUUUGUGUAUGUGUGUGUGUGUGUGUGUGUGUGUGUGUGUGUGUGUGUGUGUGUGUGUGUGUGUGUGUGUGUGUGUGUGUGUGUGUGUGUGUUUGUGUGUGUAUGUGUAUGUGUAGUAAUCACUUUCCACCUGUGUUGUCGCUGAAGGUGCACUUUAACACGCGGUUUGUGAUGAAGACUCUGAUGACCAUCUGUCCCGGCACGGUGCUGCAGGUCUUCAGCAUCUCUCUGUGGAUCAUCGCUGCCUGGACCGUGCGCGUGUGUGAGAGGUACCACGAUGCCCAGGACAUCACCAGUAACUUCCUGGGUGCCAUGUGGCUCAUCUCCAUCACGUUCCUGUCUAUCGGCUACGGAGACAUGGUCCCCAACACCUACUGCGGCAAGGGGGUGUGUCUGCUCACUGGCAUCAUGGGUGCCGGCUGUACUGCACUGGUGGUUGCCGUGGUAGCCAGGAAGCUAGAGUUGACCAAGGCCGAGAAACACGUGCACAACUUCAUGAUGGACACGCAGCUCACUAAAAGGAUAAAGAACGCUGCAGCCAAUGUUUUGAGGGAGACCUGGCUCAUCUACAAGCAUACCAAACUAGCAAAGAAGAUCGACCACUCCAGAGUCCGCAAGCACCAGAGGAAGUUCCUCCAAGCUAUUCAUCAGUUACGCAGUGUGAAGAUGGAGCAGCGAAAGCUGAGCGACCAGGCCAACACACUGGUGGACCUCUCAAAGAUGCAGAGCGUGAUGUACGAGCUGAUGUCGGAGCUCAACGACCGCAGUGAGGACCUGGAGCGCCAGAUGCUGUCCCUGGAGCACCGGGUGGAGCAGCUCACCGCGGGGUUCACUGCCCUGCCCGCCCACCUGUCGGCCACCCUCAGCGCCCAGCACGCUGCCCUGGUGCACCUGCUCCGGGAGAGGGACGCCCGUGACUGGAGAGGGGGCGGCGGGGGUGGAGGCGGGGGUGGAGGUCCUGCAGCCGGGGCCGUGGUUCCCUUCACGGGCCCGGCGGCGGUGCCCGUGACGGUGGUGUCCCAGGCUCAGAUUGCGGUUCCGGCGGCGGCGGCAGCAGCGGGACUCACCGUGGCCCAGGUCCCGGUCCUGGCGCUGGAGUCCCCCCGGAAGGUCGGCCAGUCCCCAAGCUCGGAGGGCAGCCUAGGGGAGAGCAGCCCGGCCACCCUGGCCUGCUCACCCAGCUGCUGAAGACAGGGGCCGGGAGGCACUGCAUCACGGGCCGAGAUCAAAGGUGAAGAAGAAAACAGAGAGUGAACUCAUGGACGGGGAGAAAGGGGUCACACUAGUGCUAGUCCUCUCCCACAGAGGAGCCUCGGAGAGAGAGAAGGGGAGAGAGAGAGAGAGGCGGGCAGGGGGGAGCUGGGGGAGAGACUGGGGAGGGGUUGAGGUGGCACUGGAGGAUGGACGAGGAGAAGAUGGUCCAAUCUAGUUGGGACUGCUUUGGAAUGGAUGACACACAUACACACAUGCACAUACUAAUGUGUGGCUCCUAGAAGAACGUAGAGGUGCUUUAAGAAAAAUUAAAAAAGCAAAAGAGAAAGGGGAAAGUAAUUAAGAGAGAGCAUCGGCCAGGACUAAUGGCAUAGGUGACGGAGAGGCCGAGGAUGAUGAAGGAUACAACGAGGAGGAGAUCAUUAAGAAUAAUUAACCAGACUCAGAACUCCUUUAUGGAACCACUAACUACUGCAGAAAACCUCUGGAUCAAUUUCUCUCUUUCUCUCUCUCUGUCUCUCUCCCUCUCUCUCUCCCUCUCUCUCUCUCUCUCUCUCUGUCUCUCUCUCUCUCUCUCUCUCUCUCUCUCUCUCUCUCUCUCUCUCUCUCUCUCUCUCUCUCUCUCUCUCUCUCUCUCUCUCUCUCUCUCUCUCUCUCUCUCUCUCUCCUUCCUUCCAUCAGGAAUUAAUGACCAUGACUUUUUAUCUUUCUGAUAUAUUUUAUAUCUGAAUGCUAAUUGUGUGUUAACAAGCAUCCCUUUAACAAAAGGUCUGAUAAAUACGACCACCAUACAAACUAGUGGCAUGCAUCAUGCACGCACACACGCACACACUUAGAGACACACACAAGAAAAACAUGCACAAAGGAAACACACAAGCACACACGCACACACAUUCACAAACUGAGACACAAAUGUAUCAUUGGGGCAAAUUAAAUUGCGUGUGACACCAGUGAGCGUGUGAGAGUUCUCACACAAGUUUAAAUGUUCGUCACUUGUAACAUGUACCAUACCUUGUUCAAUGAUAAGAUAUUAAUUCACUGAGGGAAACGCGUAAAGCCUACACACUGCCAAACCAACCGCACACGCAUGUCAAAGUCAAGCACUGCCACACAUACCGAGACACACUCCACAGUGUGAUUCAUCUGAACCACAGGGUAUCUGCUAGUCAGCUCAAUUCUGGGACUAGUUACAAACAUUAUAGUUUUGACAUUUGACAACCGCUCAAUCUGGCAUUAUCAAUUUACUCAACCACACCAAUUAUAGCUGAGGUCCACAUGAAACUGGUUUAACUGAUCUUUCUUUUGUUUUUUCAUCGUUUUUUUAUUUGGGAUUGGUAUAUACAACGAUGAACACACUGAACACAGAAUGUCCAUGCAUCCCUUCCCUGCCCCAACAUAAACACAUACAUGCAUGCAGAUAUACAACACACAGUCUGAUCACAGACUGAUCCUUCUUAUGAUAGGAAUAUCAAUGUGUAGACAGAGUGAUUUGAUCAUAAGACCAGACAUCAUCAUACAAUUCAAACACACCAUUUGUAAACGUGUUGGUCUCAUGGAUGUCUAAUCCUUGGUAACGAGGGAACAAAAGUUCAACGUCAAUGUGGUAUGGCUUAUGAGAAUUAGGUAUGGUGGACCUCACCUCCGGUCCUUCUAAUGUGAACUCUUACUACACGUCACUUUAUGACACUGGAUGGGACAGACUAUCAUAAGAGGACACCGUAAACCUUCCUCUGAUUGGCCUGAAUGGACGCUAAACCAUUUCCACAUCUCAUUGACUAAUGACUUACCUCAAGGUUGUGCCAAGGAAAUGUUUAACGGCAAACUGGUUCAGUGUUUGAUUUCCACCACUGAACCCGUACUGUACUGCUGAAGACCAAUCUCAAGCAGUAUUAGUAGUAGUAGUAGUAGUAAUAGUUAUAGUAGAGUAGUACAAUACUCUAUGCCAUAGUUGUAGGGGACAUCUCUUUAAAACACUCAACCAAACACCCGGUUAUGUUCAUUGUUACACGAUGAAGUCGUUUGUAUGUUUGUGCGUGCAGCAGUUGUCCCUUCAGGGUCAAAGACUGCCACGUGUGUUCAAGUUAUGAGUUGUUUUUCUAAAAGCACUCACUGUUAUCAUGAAUGUAUAUUGUAUGAACACGCAUACACUGAAACAUUCUUUGAUCGCGCAAAACUGCCACGCACGCACGCACACACACACACACACACACACUUUCACACACACACACACACACACACACACACACACACACACACACACACACACACACACCCCCCACACACACAGACACACACACACACACACACACACACACACACACACACACACACACACACACACACACACACACACACACACACACACACACACUUGAGCACCCCAAACUCUGUCACACACUGACACAAACAAGACGCACAUAUGCACAAGCUCACACACACAGAAAUAUAAGUACACCUUGGCAACCAAAGUGCUCUCUCUUAAACAGACUUCAAUAUGAGGCGGGAACGCUGCUGCCACCUGGGAUCAAAGAUGGCGGAAGGCGUUGUACAAUUCUUGACAAUAUUUCUGAGGGAAUAACUGUGAAAAUCUGUGCAUGGGCUGAGGGACCGAGAGUAGACCGCGGCAGGGCGCCAGGCACCUGAAAACAGAACCCACACCAACCUUAUAAAGGAUAAACGGCCAUGAAGGAACAGCUGCUGGGGACACGUACGUAAAGAAAUUAAAAUGCAGAUAUUUAAGAUGAAUUAUAAUGGUUUGGUUGUUUGGGUUUUUGUGUGAUGAAAACGAUACUGUUCCCCGUGUUCAGACCCUUUCUUAUAUUAGUUUAAUAGUGACAUGCUGUGGCCGGAAUACUGAAUUACACAACAAUGGAAUAUUGUACGAUAUGCUUUUACCGAAAUUCUAGCUUUGUAUUGCUCUAGUCUUUUCUACCAUUAUGAUUAAAUGCAGUAAUAGCUGAUAACUACUCUUAUUAAACUAGUAUUCUUCUCAUUCGUGACAACAAUUAUAUGAUAUAAUGUAUUAACAAUACGUCAAAUAAUUAUGAACAAGGAAAGUGCCGUUUGAGGUUGAAAUUAUUUUGUAAUUUUAUUUUAACAGAGAGAAUUAAUAAAGUAUAUAUCUAUAACA